AUGGCUGUGUGGUCUCUGUGGAGUCUGCUUCUCUGGGAAGCACUGCUUCCCAUGGCCAUCGCCAGUGCCCAAGUGCAGGGCCAGGUGGGCGGCUCAGCGCUGCUGGCGGCAGAUCACCCUCCCGGUUUCCAAGUCCGAGAGGCCAUCUGGAGAUCCCUCUGGCCUUCAGAGGAGCUCCUGGCCACGUUCUUCCGGGGCUCCCCAGAAACGCUGUACCACUCGCGCUUCCUGGGCCGAGCCCAGCUGCACAGCAACCUCAGCCUGGAGCUGCGCCCGCUGGAGCCUGGAGACAGCGGCAACUUCUCCGUGCUGCUAGUGGACAAGCAAGGUCGGGCCCGGAGCCAGACCCUGCAGCUCAAGGUGUACGAUGCAGUGCCCAGACCCGUGGUCAAAGUGUUCAUUGCUGUAUCAGGGGAAGCUCAGCCCCCCAAGACCUGCCAAGCGUUCCUGUCCUGCUGGGCUCCCAACAUCAGUGACAUAACCUAUAGCUGGCGACGGGAGGGAGCUGUGGACCCUGCUAUGGAGCCGGGUGGCCUCUUCACGGAUGGACAGGUGCUGAGAGUGUCACUGGGGCCGGGAGACAAAGGCGUGGCCUAUUCCUGCAUUGUCUCCAACCCCGUCAGCUGGGACCUGGCCACAGUCAUCCCCUGGGAGAGCUGCCACCGCCAGGCAGCUCCAGGGAGGGCCUCCUACAAAGACGUGCUGCUCGUGGUGGUGCCCGUCUUGCUGCUCCUGAUCCUGGCUGGUCUGUCUGCCUGGCACUGGGGCCCCUGGUCAGGGAAGAAGAAAAAGGAUGUCUGUGCUGAUGAAGUGGAUCAAGAGACAGAGAGCCCCCUCGUGUAG